AUGUCGUCAUUCUCUUCACAAUAUUCGCCGUCGCCUUCUGUGACACCAGAGGUACUCAACACACCAGCAACAGAGCGGUCUGUACUAUUCGACGACGAACUAGUUGCGGAUCCUCUAGACAUCGAUGGAUCUAAUUCUGCCUUUAUCAUGGUCGUUGGCGGACUGGGGUAUAUUGGCUCGCACACGGUAUUGGAAUUGCUCAAGGAAGGCUAUAACGUUCUGGUCAUCGACGAUUUGAGCAACUCGUACGAAGACGUCUUGACAAGAGUACGGUCUCUUGCCGCAGAAUACUGCGCAAUGCAGGAGCGUCGAAUGCCAGCACUGCACUUCCGUCAGCUGGAUUACAGAAGCGCACAGAUGAAAACCGUGUUGGCCAGCUAUUCAUCGUAUUCAAUCAUCAAGAAGCCAGCACCUGCUGCAGCAGGCCAUCCGUACUCGACACUGCGAAGAAUGGAUUCCGGCAUUGAUAUGGACAUGGAUGACGCGCCAGAACCCGUCGUUGAGCGACAAUGUAGGAUAUUAGGUGUCAUCCAUUUCGCGGCGUACAAGUCGGUGGAGGAGAGUAUACGGAUGCCUUUGAAAUACUACAACAACAACGUUUGCGGACUCGUUGACUUUCUUGCCUUGCUGGAAGAGUUCGACAUUAAGAAUUUCGUAUUUUCGUCUUCCGCAACGGUGUAUGGCGAGGGCGCCAAUUGCGGGCUACCUCUUCGCGAGGAACUUUGUGUCCACCAUCCGGAGUCGUUCGUAGAAAACGACGGAACAGAACGUCGAGUUUUACCAGGGGUCCUAGGCCUCACAUCGCCUUACGGACGAUCGAAGUUUAUGUGUGAAUCCAUCUUGGCAGAUCUGGCAUACUCUGACCCCACAUGGUCCAUAACCGCCUUGCGAUACUUCAAUCCAGUUGGUUGUCAUGAGUCUGGUGUCCUAGGUGAAGACCCUCGGCAGAAACCAAGCAACCUAAUUCCAGUUAUCGCGACAGUCUUAACCGGCACCAAGUCUGUUUUAGACAUAUUUGGUACCGAUUGGAAUACCCCAGAUGGAACAGCUGUUCGAGAUUUUAUUCAUGUAGUGGAUUUGGCUCGAGGCCACAUCGCAGCGUUGACAGCUUCGACAGCCGGGCGCAUUACUGCGCCUUUCAGAACUUACAAUCUCGGAACAGGGCGAGGACACACCGUUCGUGAAGUACUCCAGAGUCUGGAAGAUGCAUCUCAACGGAAGAUUCCAGCCAGAGAAGUUGGCCGGAGGGCAGGAGACGUCGGCUUCUGCGUGGCGGAGGUGCGACGUGCGGAGACCGAGCUGCAGUGGAAAGCAGAGAGGUCAUUGAAUGACUGUUCUGGCGAUGUGUGGAACUUCACCAAGGCUCGAUGCCCAGAGUUGUAG